CCAAUGGUUUGGGAGAUGAUGUUCAGUUCUUCCAAUUACUGGUUCAACUCGGCAUCAUGAUUUUUAUGGUCCAGUUAGUUUAUGAGGGAUUAUAAGUUUAGCUGUCACCUAAUAUGGUGAAGUAGGCGUUGAAGUUGCGCUUUGCCACCUUGGCUCGUCCUUCGAUCUUUUACCUCAACUAGUUUCUUCUUCUCCUUCCUUUUUCUUUUUUUUUUAAGAAGCUUGGACAAAAUUAGCUAAUACAUAGAAUUGGGAAUCGCUGCAUGAGCUCUCUCUUCCCUUUCCCCGUUUGACUUGCAGUUCUAAUACAUAGGAAUAUUGAAGAUAGCCAUGGUGAGCAUUCGAAGACGCAAACUCUUAGGUUCUGGGCGCAGCAAUCCCUUCUUGGCCCCGCUGCCCAAGUUCUCUGAGAAUGGGUACACUCCUGAAAUCCGCAUGCAGAACACUAAACCAUUCAGUGUUCAUCCUAUACCAUCAAUCGAUGUUGAUGAAACAAAGGAGAAACUCUCCCCACUGAAGGCCUCUGGGUCAUCAAAUGUGCCUGCUUGUACAGAAUUAAAGGAACAACAUACUCGACAAUUCCCAGAAGUUAAACGCAGAAAGCGACAUAGGAGAAAGCAUUUUGAGAACCAAGAACAAUGUGUAAUGAGAGGUGUCUACUUCAAGAAUAUGAAAUGGCAGGCAGCCAUUAAGGUAGACAAGAAGCAAAUCCACUUAGGAACGGUUGGUUCUCAAGAAGAAGCUGCUCGACUAUAUGACAGAGCAGCUUUUAUGUGCGGCAGGGAACCUAACUUCGAACUCUCGGAGGAGGAGAAGCAAGAGCUUAGGAAUUUCAAGUGGGAUGAAUUCUUAGCAAUUACUCGUUCCGCAAUUAAUCACAAAAAACACCACAGAAGAAAUGGAGCAGGUUCACGAAGAAAAUCGGAGUCUAUGAUGCUGAAAAGGGCCUUGGAGAGUGAGGAAGGAGGCAAUGGUCUCUCAGGUUCAGAAGACACUGCAGAACCAGACACAUCGGGUUCCUGAAAUCCCCAUUCCCUGCAGUCGAGCAGGCUGAAAAGAACAAUUUUUAUUUUUUGGGCAAAUUUUUAAAGCAUUCUCUGCCUCUUAUAUCUUGUUCCAUUUUUUUUUUUUUCAAAUUAAACGUAAGAGCCCCUAUUAGGGCAGAUGCAUGGUCCGCUUGAUUAACAGAGAGUGUAUCCCUAUGAUUUUCAAAGAAUGCUCAAUCAUGAUUACGUGGGUCACAAAGUGUUUGAGUAAAUGGGGAGUAAGACUUUUUUUUUUUUUUUUUUUAUGGGGAGUAAGACUAAAUACAAGGGUGACAAUAAAUGUAAUUGUAUGUAAUUGAAGAUGGAGCCUUGCCUACAAAUAUAGCACUCCA